AUGGAAUCGAGAAGAAAGUCCACAGUCCACGUCAACUCCGCCAAAAGGGAAAAGGGGAGUGGCGUUUCUGCUCAUAUCGAGUUAGAGCGCUUAGAGCAAGAAACCACAUUGGUUCUUCAGGAGAUCGACAGGAAUCUCUCCCAAGCCAAUGCUGUAAUCACGGACAAGAUUCUUCCUGUUUUGACAAGAUACCACUCAGCUCUGAGCAAUGUCUGGAGCAAUGUUUCAUUCUGGAAACGUUUCGUCGAAGAAGCUUCAGAAACUAAGGUCUGUCCCGAGGAGUCCAAGGUGGAUGGAGAUACUGCGCAGACUGGAUUUCAACAGACCGAAGGUACUUCAGAGAAGAAGGACGUGCUUAACGAACUAGAUCUGCAACAAAACUCGACAUUGACUUCAGACUUCCAAAUGGAAGCUUCCACUCCACAGCUCAAAUCGAGGCAUCUGCUCCAGCCCAGCACGUCCCCUCAAAGAUCUGCUACAAGAUAUCCUCGUGUACUGAUAUCGCCUCGAAAGCGUGGCUCUGGUCGCUAUGAUGCUACCGAUCCUAGAAGACUGUCCAUGCUUCAAAACUUUCUCAACUCGUCCCCUACCCUUCCCGAACCUCCAAAACUCACAAGUGACGUGAAUCACCAUUUCCCGUCGAGUUCAGGAGUCUCUAAAACGAAUCAUUCGGAUCCCGUCCCCAACCCCGCCGUCAGGCUUUUGCUGCCGGCAGAGGUGACACCAAAAGGUCGUCAGAGGUUCCCUCGUACACCCACAUUCGGUUCAGGCGCUGGAGGCCAAAGUGAGCAUCAGGCUGCAGAUCAGGAAGCUACAGACCAGGAGGAGAUAGAUAGCGGAGAACAGAAGUCGAAAUCAGUAUCUCAAAUCUUCGAGGACGUCUUGCAGCCUUCUCCGGAAAAAGAACAACAAGAACUCGAGGCUGAAGAGAAUGCACCUAUUAACACAGCCAAUGUUACACAAAAUUUGCUGAGAAGCAUUGAUCAAACCAACGAUAGUACGGUCAAUAGCUCAGAGCUUGGCUCAAUCCUCGGUGAACGAUGGAAGGCUCUCACUCGGACACUCAGAAAAUCCACCUAA